AGAGCUAUCCUGACCAACUUCCAGGAGGAGCAGUGGUGAAGUUCUGGGAGGAAAAUUCAGACUUCGUAAACAGUCGAGAGGCUCACCGAACACAAAGCUGACACGGGCCACGACCAGGCAGCCACUAUGGACGAUUUAGACGCUUUGCUGGCGGACCUGGAAUCAACUACGUCCCACAUCUCAAAGCGACCGGUAUUCUUGCCUGACGAGACCCCCUACUCCAUCCCCACCGGAGGACACUCAUACCAGGAUGUGUCAGUUCCACCUCCAGUCCCUCCUCCACCCUCAGCCGAGGCGCUGAACGGCUCCCUGGUAGAUCAGCCGGACUCCCACCACUCCUCUCAGCAGUCAUUAGGUUCAGCGCAGAAGAGCUGGUCUAGGGACAGUAGCAGCUCUCCGUUGUCUCACAUUGAGGAGGACCACGUCUACAGUUUUCCAAACAAACAGAAGUCCUCGGACUCAUCAACAGCAGCCAUGACCUCUGCCCUGGGCAGUAACCUCUCAGAGCUCGACAGGCUGCUGCUGGAACUUAACGCAGUGCAACAAAGCUCCCCUUCAUUCCCCACAACAGAGGAGGCAGCUCCGCCCUUACCUUCCUGCAGCAUCACCCACUAUGAGAAUGGCGGCGGCCCUGACAUCAUGGUGAGCCCUCCGCCUCAGGAGAAACCCAAGAGGAACGGAACAGAACGGUUAGACGAAACCCGACCAACUGUGGAGAGUCUGCUGGACGAGCUGGAGGGCUCAGUGCCUUCACCCAGCCCCCCUGCUUGCCACAGCGAUUUGGACACCCCCUCUCAGCAACAAGCCAGAAUUUCAGCUUCCUGUGCCACGAGAGAGUUAGAUGAGCUGAUGGCCUCUCUGUCUGACUUCAAGCCCAGUUCUUUGGGCUCUCUGCUGGACCCAGCAGGAGCAUCUUCCAGCUCCCCUCAUCCUCCAGUCUCUUCCUCCGUCACCCCAGUGGCUUCUCCUUUUCCUAGUCUGUCCCACCCGUCUGCCUGUGCCUCUCCUCUCUUCUCUUUGCCUACUGGUCUAGAGCUGCAUAUAGACGAGGAUGGAGGAGACGGUGGGGUGUCGAUGUCCCAUUCGAACCGCCUCGCUCCCCACAGUCCUAUAUCCUCACUUUCUGCAGCCAGUGAUCUAGACCUGGACUCUAUCAUAGACGUCUCUGCCACCAUGCUGUCAUCCCAAACCAAGUCUCUGCUAGUCCUCUCUCAGUCCGCUUCUUCUAGUUCCAACCUGAUGAGAAAUAGCCCAAGUCCUUCCAAUACCACCACCACCCCCUCACUUACUUCAGUUAACACUGUCCUGGACCACAAGUCCUCCAAGUGCUCCACUCCGUCUGUAGAACGGGUCUCGCCCUCAAAUACUGUUGGUAAAUUCUCUUGUGCUCCUGAGACCGGGAGCAAGGGCUUUGCUUCUUUUCAUGACCUUGAUUUGAAUUUCUCCUCUCCACCUCCAUCAAAAAACCUCACCCCUCCUCUCUCAGCGCCAAAGACUCCUUCACCCCUCCCUGUCGCUCUCUCUGUAUCUCCACCUUCUGCACACGCUUCCCUAAAAGCAUCUUCACCAUCUCCAGUCUCUUCACUGGUGUCCCCCUCUCCACUGGCCUUCACGGCCCCCAGUAGACAGUUGUUAGAGGCGGCACCCACAACCCAGAGAGCCAGCCCCUUCACUGAGCAGCAACCCCCCAUGGCUGGGCCUUCCCUGGAUGAGGCACUAGACAAGCUGCUAGCAAUGGGUUUUUCCCAGAAUCACUCAGCAGCACAUGUGGAAGAACCACAGCUGAACAUGGAUGCACAGUGUCUGGGAAGAGGAAUGCAGGAGCUGCACGAGGAACUCAUCCUGCCCAUGGACAGAAACAGUGUGCAGCCAGACACUUUCACCAGUGCCACCAACACCAUCACAGACGACUCAGUGGAUGGAGGCACUGAUGGAAAUGGAGAUCUGGACUGGGCUGAUGAGGAGCUGUCUGUGUCCUUCCAUGACGGACUGGAUGGCACCAUGACGCCUUACACUGAGAGGCCAUACACAGAUGGCAGCAUGACACCGAUGACAGAGGCCAGCUGGAUGGAUGAGUCCAUGACCCCAUCUACAUGCCCCGGGACCCCUGACGUUGCCCUGGACCUGCCCAUGCUGCAGACUCCAAAUAUAGACAGAGUGUCUGCAUCCGGACAUAUAAAAUCAGUGAUUAGGCGCACCAAGGAGACUCCCAACGUACAUCCCAUGUACAGAGAUGGUCUCCUGCGCAGGAAGAUGGGACCCAUCAUUGUAAACAAGAACAGUUCUCAGGACCGCCUCAUAGAAGAGCUUCAGGGAAAGCUCGGGAUCGGCCGCUCAGAGCGGCGGCGUAAGCAGUCUGAUGACUGGCUGACCGAGGGUGUCGUCGUCAGUUCCAAACCCCAGCGUUUCCGUCCUGAUGGGGCCUGCAGUGAGGUCGACAAGAUCAUAAUUCCCCCAGAGUCGCCUGUCCCCGUAAGGAAGGUGCUCCCACCUCUCUCUCCCCCAGCCCCUCGUCGCCCUCCUAAUGUAGAAGAACCUAAGCGGCCACUGGUUGUACAGCAUCCCCUCAUUCCUAUACCACCACCACCACCACCACCUCCUCCUCCACCACCUCCCUCUCCCCCUCCCCCUCCCUCUCCCCCUCCACAACAUCCACGCAUCCAUGAACCAGUUCACGCUCCACCUCGGCAGAUUAUAAAAGCUUCACAUCCACCACCACCACCACCCCUACCUCAGGAACCUCCCGCCCCUAAACCAGAACCCCCUCCUCCUGCUCUUACAAUCCCGACACAACCUCCACCAGUGGAGCCAGUGAUACCAGUUGCACCCAAAGUCCUGGUGUCUGUAGGCUGCCAAACAGAGUAUGACCCUAUCUUCCCUCCGAUGCAGAUUAUGGCCCAAGGUAAGGGUGGUGUUCCUGGUGGGCCCCCAACACAGGUCAACAAGCUGGACAACAUGCUUGGUAGCCUGCAGUCUGACCUCAACAAACUGGGUGUGCAGACAGUAGCUAAAGGAGUGUGCGGUGCCUGCUGUAAGCCAAUCGUAGGACAGGUGGUGACUGCCAUGGGCCGCACAUGGCACCCUGAACACUUUGUGUGCACACACUGUCAAGAGGAGAUCGGUUCCAGGAACUUCUUUGAGCGUGACGGACAGCCUUACUGUGAGAAAGAUUACCACAACCUGUUCUCCCCACGGUGCUACUACUGCAACGGGCCCAUACUGGAUAAAGUUGUGACGGCGCUGGACAGGACAUGGCAUCCUGAACACUUCUUCUGUGCUCAGUGUGGAUCCUUCUUUGGCCCAGAGGGUUUUCAUGAGAAGGAUGGAAAAGCUUAUUGCAGGAAGGAUUACUUUGACAUGUUUGCACCGAAAUGUGGAGGCUGUGCCAGAGCCAUUCUGGAGAAUUACAUCUCAGCACUGAACUGUCUUUGGCAUCCUGAGUGUUUUGUGUGCAGGGAGUGCUUUACCCCGUUUGUGAAUGGAAGUUUCUUCGAGCACGAUGGCCAGCCCUACUGUGAAGUGCACUACCACGAGCGCCGUGGCUCCCUCUGCUCCGGCUGUCAGAAGCCCAUCACUGGUCGCUGCAUCACAGCCAUGUCCAAGAAGUUCCACCCGGAGCACUUUGUCUGCGCCUUCUGCCUGAAGCAACUCAACAAAGGCACCUUUAAAGAACAAAACGACAAACCCUACUGCCACGGCUGCUUCAUCAAGCUGUUCAGUUAGGGAGAGCAUUUGGCAGCAUCACAUACUGUGUGUGUCAGGGCUUGGAUCAGUAUCUAAAGCAUCUUUAGCACAGGUAGGGUGAGAAUGGAUCGUGUUUGUAUCAAAGAAAGUUGUCUGUUUUUUAUUGAUGACAUUGGAAGUGUGUAUGGAUCAGGUAUGUGCAUGAGGCCGAAGCACCACACUGUCUCUGCCAGACUAAAAUACUUUUGCUGUGUCCUUCAGAUAUGUGGAAAACCUUUUUUAGACUGACAGCCAUUUAUUUUUGAAGUUUUUAUGGGUUUGAAUUGGAGUAUAGGCCUCAGAUUGAUGCAGACGUGCUCAGUAUUUAAAGGACAUUGAGAUUUUUCAGAACAUGAAAAAGUGACUUUAGAGAGGUUUUACAGAUCAACACUGAUGUGCAGAAGACAUCAUUUUCACCCAGUCUCCUUUAGAUGUGUUGGACAUUUUCCACAGGCAAAGAGUUGUCAUUUGUUUUUGUAACUCUCACAACAUUGUUUUUUCAAGUCUUUUUAGUUGUUUUUUUUUCUUUAUCUUACUGAUCACUGUAGAAAUCCAUAAAAUACUAGAGUGUUUGACAUUGUUGCUCACUGGUUGAGUGUGUAAUUUUAAAAACCAUUAAAAAAAGAGAAAUGUAAAAAUCUGAAAACCAUAACAGGGAACAGGUGACCUGUUGUUUUUAGCAUUACAAUGUGACCUGUCUUUACUGAUGAGCUUUUAGAUAAUUUUUUCAUGAUAUUAAGUUGGAAAGUGCAGAUGGAUAAAAAAAAAUGGUCUGAGUCAGCGUUGACAAUUAUUUUGUAUGUGUGAAAUUGAUUGUAGUGUCACUUAUUCAGCCUAAGAAAACGCCCUUAUCUGAAGAUUUUAAGUGUUGAUACUAGAGUGUUACAAAGUUGAGUUUCUAUUAUAAAUGAAUCAAGAAGUGAGAAUCAGUCAGUUUUACAGUCUCUAACGUCAGAAUCUCAAUCACACUUAUUUUUUUAGCCAAAGGCAAACCAUGCAUGGGUGAAUAUUUUACAGUGAUUGUCAAUGAAACAAUUCAAUAUGAAGCCAUCCACCAGAAGCUGCAGUAUUUACUCUCAAUUACAUGUUUGAAUAAACCUCACGUUUUUGUGCUGCCAAAUCAUUCCUUAUUUUUUCACUGUAGAAAAGAGAAAAACAAUCUGAAAAGGGUUUGUUGCAGUUGUCUCAUACAGCGAAGUGGAGCCUCACAAAGAUAUUGGGAUAAUAUUGUGCAUCUCUUAUACUACCAUGACUGACUGUGAGUGCAUCUUCAGAAGUGUUUUUGUAAAUAUCCAAUGCAGCUACGCCAUAAGCUUAACGUUUAAUAACCACUCAUUGGAAGAGGGAGAGGGCUGGUGAGAAGGCAAAGCAAAGAUACUUUGAUAUUUUUGGUGUCAUUACUGUAUUGAGAAGCUGAUGAAUGUUCACUGUUUUGAAAGAAGUAGUACAUAAUGCAAGAAAAUGUGUAAAUGUGCCUGUGAUACUUCAGUAACUCUAUGCAACUGUGGAUUAACAACUUUGUAUUUCAGCAUCUUUCUUACAUAACAGUCCGUCUGUGCCAUUUUAUCAGUACCUUGUCUAAUAACACUGGCAAAUUCAGCAAAAUACUGAGAACAGGUCAAUAGUCCACAGUUAUUCAUGUUAUUAGUCUGUGAGUCCACUGAGAAAUGUAGGCUGUUAAAAUGAGAGCCUGGUGGUCUGUCAGAGUGAAUGGUAGGACUAAGAUGACUCUUCCCUCAGCAUCUGAGUAGCAUCUACUGUAUGACCACCAGGUUGGGUCUGUACAUGGUUUAAUCGUGACAUGCAGCAGAUUUAUCGGGCCUUUUGUCUUGUUCAGGGAAUUCUAGAGCCUUAAAUCUUUUCUCACUCUAUUUAAGAGAUCAUGUAACAGUUGUCUUUUUGAAUCAAUUUAGUAGAGUGUUAUUUAACCAAAGCCAUACCUUCUUUGAAUUUUUUUUUUUUUUGUCUGUUCACUUUUUCUUUUCUUUUCACUUCGAAUGUCAAUAGUUAUGAAUAGUGAGAUUCCUCACCUCUAAUCUGAUUACGCAAAUAAAUUCUGUUUUGUUAUCAAAA